AUGGGACUUCAAUCUUCACCACAUAGCAAAUGUGCCAUGUUUUAUAGAAAUUUAAGUAAAUUGGCACAACAUAUUGAUAAAGUAUUGAAUGCCCAAUCAAGAGAAGAUAUUUUGAAGAAUCGAAUGCGGCUUAAGAUAACUAUUGAAACCGUUCGCUUUUUAGCAUUGCAAGGAAUUGGUUUUAGAGGCCAUGAUGAAAGUUCAAGUUCAUUAAAUAGAGGGAAUUUUAUUCAAGCGUUAAAGUAUAAAGCAGAAGGAAAUGAUGAACUCUCAAGUGUUAUCUUAGACAAUGCUCCACAAAAUGCCCAAUACAUUGCUCCAUCGAUUCAAAAAGAGAUUCUUCAUAUUCUUGCAAACAGAGUAAGAAAAAUGAUUUAUGAUGAAAUUGCGGGAGGCAAAUAUUGUAUUCUUGUUGAUGAAGCACAAGAUGAGUCUAAAACGGAGCAAAUGGAUCUUGUUUUAAGAUAUAUCAAGCAUGAUGGUUUGCUAAUUGAACGCUUUUUUGACAUUGUGGGAGUUAAAAACACAUCAGCAGUGACGCUUAUGGAUGCAAUAUCUAAUAUUCUUGUUCGGUUCGAUCUUUCAAUUCAAAAUUUGAGAGUCUCAACAACCAAAAUUAUCCUUCAAAAAUUUAGACAAGAUGAUUGGGAUAUUUUUCUUGCAAAUGUGGUGUCAUUUUACAAUCGACAUAACAUUGAUACACCUAAUUUGAGUUCUCGUUAUGUAGAGGGUACGGGUCGUCAUUGUCAACAACAAAAUCAUAUUACAGUUGAGCACCAUUAUCACUUUGACAUUUUCAACUCUGUACUAGAUUUACAACUGAUGGAGUUAGAACAUAGAUUCAACAAUGAAGUAGUGGAACUUCUUAGUCUUAGCUCGGCUUUGGAUCCUAGUGAUUCUUUUGAAUGUUUUAACGUAAACAAGAUAUACAAUCUUGCUGAGAAAUUCUAUCCUUGGGACUUCACUGGUCAAGAUGUUAAAUCAUUAAAGUUUCAGUUGAUACAUUAUCAACUUGAUGUACCUAAUGAUCCAGUGUUUCAAAAUACUUCUUCUCUUACUGAUUUAUGUGGGAAACUAGUUGCAAGAAAGAAGUCCGAGUGCUACCCUUUGGUUGACAGAUUGAUCCGUCUUGUAUUGACUUUUCCCAUUUCUACAGCAACUACAGAAAGAGCAUUUUCAGGCAUGAAACGUGUUAAAACAGUGAUGCGUAACACGAUGGGAGAUGAAUUUCUUGCUGAUUGCAUGAUCGUCAAUCUUAAACGGGACCUUGUUUGA